AUUGCUGCAUAGCAGAUGAGACAGAAGGCUUGUCAUCUGUUACAUUCAUUUCCUUCCUAGAUCUUUAAAACCUGACAAUGUUUUGUUUAAUCCAGCACUGCAGAUCUUCAAAGCCUUACUACGCAAACAAUGGAAAGGAUCAAACACUCACACACACAGAGUGAAAACAUAAUCACCAUGAAGAUCCCCGCUGCUGCAGGAUUUGUUACAUUAAUGCUGUUCUGUUUAGUCCAUGCGGAAAUCUGCCCUCUGUCCUGCACCUGUAAGCCACUUGAAGAAAUGAAGGGUUGGCUAGUAGACUGCAGCUCAAAGGGACUAAAGGAAGUGCCUGCCCUGCCUGUCAACACCAGGAAACUUUAUCUACAGAAUAACAGCAUGACCACAGUUCGUACUGGUGCAUUUGACAACUUACAGAACCUAGAGGAAGUGAAUGUGUCUGACAAUCCCUGGAAUUGUGACUGUGACAUUCUGUAUCUCAAACUCUGGCUGGAGGACUUCUCCGAAUCUUUUAUUGCUAACGUCAUCUGUGCAACCCCAGCUUCCAGUGAGAGGAAGCCUUUGAGCCAGUUGAGUGGGAAUGAGCUGGACAGCUGCAGGAAAUCCCUCCCAAUUAAAUGCCUCAAUUUCUUUUGGCGAGAUCUCGCUUUGAUCACUUUUGCAGUAGUUGUACUUAUUUUAACAUCAUGUGCUCUGAGGUUCUCCAAAAGGCUAGCCUACCAGGUUACCACAAGAGAUUAUUAUUCUGCUGCCCCGCUGCUGCGGAAGCAUAACCUAGAAAAUUACAUGUCACAAUGAGAUGUUGCUGUCACCAAUAGCUCUUCAUAGAAAUGCCAAACUAACCUAAUACAAAAGAUACCCUUCUUAGCUAUUACUGGCUAUGCGAGUGUAAGUGUACUAGAAAUGGAUCCCAGACCACAAAGUUUGCGGGGGAGAAGUUUGUAUGAAGAUCCAGUAUUCAGAUCCAAGGUUUUGGUUGGAGGACACCUCUAAAAUGCACUUAAAUUUACUUACUGGCAAGUCAGAAUAAGUUAUUUUAAUAUUACAUUCUCUAAAUAUCUAAGGAAAGUAGUUAGGAAAUUUUACUUGUCCAGUUUUGUGAUUUUUGAAGAAUUAAUUUCCCAUUUUUACCAAUGAAAUCCCAGCUCUUCUAGCAAAAGGCUAUUUACAGUCUACUGCCAGCUAGUUUCUGGUGGAUUUUGAUUACACUAUUGUUACUAAUUUAGACUCUGAUCCUAAAGCUGACUGCACCCCAUCAUGCUGGCGGAGUCCUAUUGACUUGAACAGGCGUACACUUGCACCUGCAGAGGAGAGGGCUGAAUUUGACAGCAUGCAGAGGUUCCUUUGGCAGCAGAACCAGUGUGGCUAUUAGGACCAGCCCUUGGAUUUACCCCUUAAUAAACAUGAUUUUAAGCUUCCUGAAAAUUAAUGUGCAUCUAUUAAGGAGUCCUUUUAAAUACUACUGAAUUUCCUAGAAAACACUUAAGAAAAAUUGUACUCUGUGUGUGAUAUUUAAAUAAAGGGUGUUUCUUAUGCAUUCACACGUA